GGAACCUCCCGGAUCGCUGCCAGGAGUGGAUCCCAAGGAAUUCGUAGAAAACAAUCAUUCGAGACAACUCUGACAGAUACGAUGACGGGUUUUAGAGAGUUUCAGCGCCAAAGUUUGCAACAACUACGUCCAAAUUCUUUUGACGAAGAUGAUUACAAUGGAUUCGAUACUGCGGUGAAGAUAUUCGAAUCAAUGGAGCUUCCAAAUGACACCAAUUUCUAUUGGGCAUGCAUUCAUGCAUUUAAAGAAGAAAGAUUUUGGCGCAAGUACUUUGUUGACAGAGCCGAAAGAACCACAGAAGAUAAGUUGAAGUUUUUACAAGUUCUUACUGGAUAUACACCGGACAACGAAUUCGUGGGAAAGCGGUUAGAAUCUGGACAAAAGUUUGGUAGUCCAACUUGUGGGCAAUGUAAUUCUGGUUUCCAACAAUGGGGAACACCACCAAGUGCCCCACAAUGGGGAACACCGCCAAAUGCGCCGCAAUGGAGUUCACCUUCAAAUUCUCCGCAGUGGGGUACACCGCCAAAUGCUCCACAAUGGGGUACACCGCCAAAUGCUCCGCAGUGGGGUACACAUCCUGUUCCACAAUGGGGUGCACCUCAAAAUUUUCAACAAUGGGGUUCAUUAACAAGUACUCAACAAUGGGGUCCUACAUCUACUGUUCCGCAAUGGGGAUCAUCACCGACCACUCAUCGAUGGGGAUCAUCACAAGAUGCUCCACAAUAUAUUCCUCCGAGAAAUGUUCAACAUGGAUUUUCCCUAGAAACAGAAGUACAAACUACAACACAUGAAAAAGAAGUUCCUGUUUCCGAGAAUGUUAUCAGAGGUGUUUCACCGGAAUUCACGAAUUAUGCUUCUACAAGUAAAGCAUCACGUCCACGACGACGAGGAGGAUUAUUCAAUAUCUGGGGAACUGAACGUGGACUAAAUCUAAAUGAAACACAAGAAAGUGAUUCCACAUCGGAUAACUAGCUUAAUAAGAUUCGUGCUUUGUUUAUUGUCGUUAUGUUUUGUUUCAUAUUUUCUUUUGUAAUGUCUGUUAUGUAUUGUAUUUUUGAAUAAGGAUAUUUCUCAUUGAUUUAGUUUUUUAUUUUGUGGUUAAAAUUUUCAGGCUUUUCGUAUAUGUCAGUUGCGAUCACAAAAUCCCCAUAGUCUAAAUCACGAUGAAAGACUUGAGUUAUGGAAUUUAGAAAAUGAGCAAUUUGAAGAGUUAAUAAUUCAACCAUCAUUGAGUUAUUACAAUCGUUUCUUUGAAAGAGGAGCAGCUCAAACCGAUGGUGGUUUAGGAUGGAGAAAUAUUUGGCGUCGACUACAAGAAGAUGAUGCUGCGUGUCUUCAGUUACUACGAAUGUCUCUUGGUGUUUUCAGAUCUUUAU